UCAGCCCAAUCAGGAAAAUAAAAUCAGUCAAGUGAAGCAGUUCAGUCAGAAAUCAUCAGAACGCAUGGACAGACAGAUGAUGCUGUGUGUUGUGGUUUGUGCGCUCGUCCUCUGUGGCGUCGUCCACGCCAGAACUCCCGAUGCCCACCAGUGCCCUGAAAAACCACAGCUGAGGCUGGACCCUGAAGUGGACAUGAACAUUUCCGAGAUCAUCCGGCGGUGGGGGUACCCUGCAGAGGAACACGAGGUCCUGACGGAGGACGGGUACAUCCUGACCGUCAACAGGAUCCCACAGGGACUCAGAUGCUCUGCAGGUCCGAGGCCGGCGGUGUUUCUCCAACAUGGCCUCCUGGCCGCCGGCAGUAACUGGAUCACCAACCUGCCGAACUCCAGUCUGGGAUACGUGCUUGCCGACGCCGGAUACGACGUGUGGAUGGGAAACAGCCGAGGAAACACCUGGUCCAGGAAACACCAGACCCUCAAACCAGACCAGGAGGACUUCUGGAGGUUCAGUCAUGAUGAGAUGGCUCUGAAGGAUCUUCCAGCUGUUAUAAACUACAUCCUGAAGGUGACGAGACAGGAACAGAUCUACUACAUCGGACACUCUCAGGGAACCACCAUAGCAUUCAUAGCAUUCUCCACGCUGCCUGAUCUGGCCAGUAAGAUCAAGCUGUUCUUCGGUUUGGCUCCUGUAGCGACUGCUGGCUCUGCCACCAGCCCCGUGGCCAAACUGUCCAAACUACCGGACUGCGUCACCUGGACGGUGUUUGGUAGGCGGGACUUCCUGCCUCAGAGUCACAUGAUCAAGUGGCUCGCUGAACACGUGUGUGGGUGUCGGUGUCUCAAUAAGCUGUGUGGAAACCUCUUCUUCGUCCUCUGUGGGUGGGACGAGAAAAACCUCAACAUGACUCGGACUCCGGUCUACACCACACACUAUCCUGCUGGGACCUCAGUCCAGAACAUGGUCCACUGGGCCCAGGCACUUCGUGGAGGGAAACUGAUGGCGUUUGACUUUGGAGCUGCAGGAAACAUGAAACACUACAACCAGUCCACUCCCCCUGAGUACCACGUCCAGGACAUGAAGGUUCCCACCGCUCUGUUUUCAGGGGGACAGGAUACGCUGGCAGACCCCAAAGAUGUGGCUGUCCUCCUCACUCAGGUGCCGAACCUGGUCUUCCAUCAGGAGAUUAAACACUGGGAUCAUCUGGAUUUUAUCUGGGGUCUGGAUGCUCCUGAGCAGAUGUUUCCCUCCAUCCUUAAGCUGCUGCAGGAGCAUCGUUAGAGCUCAGCUGGUUUCAGUCAAAAAACACUGAUUCUACUUUUGAUCCUGGGUAUUGAUCAAGCUGCUGCAAAGUAAUCAAAUACUGCAAUGUAAUCAAAAUACAUCCCCUACAGUUCUUGUUUUUACCACUGACAGCCUCAGAUUGUUCUUCUCAGUGUUUGACAACAUUAUGACAGGAUUCCUACAGAGACAGAGCUUUUUAUUAAAGAGGAAGAUCCUGUUAGUUUAACCAGAAACAUCUCUAUAUAUCACUACCAGACUCCAUUGACAGAAACAGGGAUUUUACAGAGCAGAACACAAUAAUAGUAAAAAAUGAGACAAUGUGGCUCAUGCUAACAUUAGCAUGUUAGCAUCAGAAACAUGGAAAACUGUGAUUAGUUUUUCAAGCAUUAGUCCUCGAGUAAAAAAAUUUGUUCAGAGGGAAGUGGAGAGCAGCGUCCAAUCACGUGGCUUGAAUUGAUUACAUUUGUUAUUUUGGCUUUAAUGUGAUUUUUAUGACAUUUUAAUCAUUAAUUUUAAACCAUUUUCUUAGUAAACUGGCCAAUAAACAUAAAUGAUGAACAGCA